AUGGCAUGGUUCGGUCGCAGAGCCGCCCCCAAGGAAUAUAGCAUGCCCUCCAAGAAGAAGCAAGGUCGAACGCCUCAACCAUCCCGAUGUAGCUGGACCAACAACGGCUGGACCUGCAAAUACCCAAGGGCGUUGGUCUUGAUCCACGAGACCCGCGUUCAGUGUCAGUUUUGUCGUUUCCACCAGUGCAAGAAGAACGGUGAGGGUGCGCCUUGUGGUGUACCAACGGUAGGAGGGUUUCCGUUUUGUCAGAAUCAUACGAGGUGCACCGCAUCGACGAGCGGCACACGAUGUUCCAACUACGUUAAGGACAUGAGUGCGAACAAAUUCAAGUUCUGCGCUCAACUGCACAACUGUAACAAAGAAGAUUGCAAUAAAGAACGUGUCAUCUACAACGAGGUAGACCUCAAGUACUGUGCCGAGCACCGCUGCAUCGUCGCCAACUGCAAACAAGAAAGAGGCCUUAACGCAACCUACUGCCGAAAGCACACCUGUGACGGCGCCAACUGCACAGCCUUCGCCGAGGGCAUUGGCGAGCCGGGUUCAUGGACUCGCUACUGCGACAGGCACCGAGUCUGUAUGAGCGACGGCUGUAGUAGACUAUGCCAUAUCCGCGAGGAUGGAAUAGCUUCGAAACGGUGCGGACUCCACUAUUGCCGAGUCGCCGGGUGCGACAACGAACGCCGGGGAGACCAGAACUGCGAGCAACAUUCGUGCAUUGAGCUCGGCUGUUUGAAAGCGAGGCAUGAGGCCGAGUCUCUGUAUUGCAAGAGCCACGAGUGUAAAGCUUCCGGAUGCUUCUUUAAGAGGCGAAAGGGUGAUUGGUGCCCGGAGCACAUGUGCGUCAAGCCGAAUUGUGACCAGGGGGCUGAGGCCAAUGGAUACUGCAAGAGACAUCAACUUUGCACAGUUGUGGGUUGUGAGCGAUAUCGUGCGGUAAUUGGGGACAAGAUCCUAGAGAAAUGCGACGACCACUCGGCCGUGAUCUGCACUUUCGAAGGGUGCAAGCAAAAGGCAUCCCCGACCAAGCUCUUCUGCACCACCCAUCUCUGCACUAUCCGCGAAUGCACCAACUCCGUCUGCAGUCCCUCUAGCGCCUUCUGCAUGGCUCACAAAUGCGCCAUGCCGCAUUGCACAGCAGCAAAAUGGAGCAUCCUGCCUCACGCACCCAUAACUGCCGCUUAUGCCGCGAUGACGGUGGCGCCGUCGCCCUACUGCGUCCAGCAUGCGUGCCACUAUCCUUCUUGCAUCGAGCGGGCCGAGCCGGAGACGCAGCGGUGUCGCGAUCACUCGAAGUGUCAGCGAGAUGGGUGCACGAGGCUUGCAGAGAGGGCGAGUAAUUCGCUUUAUUGUGCGGAGCAUCGGGUUCGGCCGGGGAGAGAAGAACCGCAUUUGAUGUUCCCGAGGGGAGCUCGGCUCAGUGGGCGACACUGGGCUUGA